ACAUUUGACUUACAUUCAGUUCCAGAUCUAAAGGCAUCGACACACGCUGGAAGUCCAGUUUUAAGUCGCUUUAAGUUAGCGAAGAAUUUGGAGGCUGCCCAUCUGAUUGGCGCCACGCAAAGUAGCAAAACGAUGGAUGACACCCACACCCCCGUUGCCCCAAUGGAUGUCACGGCCCAGGAAAAGGAGGGCAAUUCUCUGCCUGAAAGGCAGGAGAACCCUAUUGCCCCAAUGGAUGUUGUGUCCCAGGAAACGGAGGGAAGUGUGCAGCCUAUGUUCCACAAAGAAGAGGACUACCCUGAUGCCCCAAUGAAAGCUGAGUUUAAAGCAACAGAGGGUAGUCCUGUUGCACCAAUGGAUAAUGUGACCCAGGAGCAUUAUGUUACCCCAAUGGGCGUUGUGAAUCCUCCUUGCAAGUCCCAGGAACACGAGGAUAAGUCUGUUGUACCAAUGCCGGUCAUGUCCCAGGAACCAGACAAGCAUCCUUUGCCCAUGUUCCUGGAAGAGGAGGAUUAUCUUGAUGCACUAAUGGAAGUUAUAUCUAACGGCACAGAGGAGACUUAUCUGUCAUUAUCUCAGGGAAACGAGUUCAAUCCUCUGGCACCAAUGGAAACUGUGUCCCAGGAAACGGAGGAGAAUCUGCUGGGCCCAACGUAUUUUUUGUACCAGGAAACGGAGAAGAAUCCUCUUCCCGCCACAGAAGAUCAGUUCCAGGAAAAAGAAGAUGAUGUCCAACAAGAUUCCAUGUCCCUGGAAGGGAAAGAGAACAGCGAAACCAUCGAAACCAUCGAAACCAUCGAAACCAUCGAAACCAUCGAAACCAUCGAAAGCACCGUCGCCCCAGCUGAAGAGGCCACCACUUCGGUGGUGAUGGUGGAGCAGCCGAACACGAUCAUCGAGCUGGUGGACCUAUAUGUGCCACCCGGGCAUCCGGUGGUGCCCAGGCAGAUGAUCUUCCGCAGCAACGAGGCAGUGCGUCCUCAGCAGCAGCGGCAGAUUCAGUUCAUGCCGCCGCCACUGCCACAGAUCCCGAGCAGCAAUCCCACCCUGCUGUACACCGAACCCAGACAGUCGGAGUCCUCGGAUGAGUCCCCCGUCCGCAAGCCGGGGAGACGGGGACGUGGGCGUGGCAGAAAGGACGCCGCCCCCAAGAGAGUGCCCGCAAAGCGCAGUCGUCGUGCGGAGACGCCGCCCCCAUUGCCGCCGCCACCCAACUUCCUGGCGCACUGCAUCAAUCCGCUGGAGAACGAGAUUUAUCCCAAGGUCAUUGUGCAGCCGGCACAUCAGCCGUGGGUGCUGCCCAAGGACCUGUACGAAGAUCCACCCGUGAAAGAGGAGCCCAAGCAAGAGGUCGUCCCGAACCCAAAUCCGAACCCGAUCCCGAUGAUCCCCUCCAGCGGAUCGGUGGUCACAUCCACCAGCCAGUCGGCGCCGGUGAUGAGCCGGGCCCUGCUGCGCCAGAACCUGCAGCUCUUCGGCCCCAGUGUGACCAUCACCCAGCUGGUCAGCCCCAGUUCCCCAUAUCCGCGCUUCCUGGCCGUUCUGCGCGAGGUGAGUGGCAACCACCGGCACCUGCUCUUCACCGCCGAGCAGCUGAUCUCGUUUGGCGCCGUCUAUCGCAGGCACAUGGCCCUACGGGCGCAGAAGGCUGGCUCCACCGCCGUUCCUCGUGCCAUCCAGCCCAUGCCCAGCCAGCGAAUGGCUAUCAAGGCGGCCCCUUCGCCCUUCAAGGUGCCCACUGGCAGGCCCCCAAGGGCUCCUGCACGCGUUCCUCCACCCGACGAGGCAUCAUAUGUUGCUCCUCCUCGUGCUCAACGGGCUUCUCCUGCUCCCCCUGCUCCAACUGAUCCCCCUGCUUCCCCUGCUCCCACCGCUUCCCCUGCUCCCACUGCUCUCCCUGCUCCUUCAGCUCCUGCAGUUCAGGCAGCUCCUUCAGCUCCGGCAGCUCCUCCUGCUCCGCCUACACCCGACGCUACUGUCAAUCUCCUAGCCAAGCAAACACCCAUCCCCGACCCUCCUCCUCCAGUGCAGCAGCGCCCAGCCCCACCACCCAGAUUCGCGCUGCCCUCGAUCCUCAAGCGCAAGUCCAAGAUGAAGCUGCUCACACAUUGAAGAACCAGAGGGCCAAGGCCAAAGAGGCGGCUGAGGCCUUGAGCCUCGAGGCACUCAAGUCCACUGAGGGCAAUCCGAAAGAGACGCAGGAGGCGAAGCAAAAAAAGGAUUCGGGCGACUUAGGCCAAGAAUAACAGAUAUGUUGACAAUUAACUUAUUUACUUUCAA